AACAAGAGUGCAUGGUGCAACUUUUCAUCUGGUAUCUUCGGGCUGGUGUGGCAACAGGACCAGCUGUUCACACACCUCAAUCACCUUAAGCAAGGUCGUGGUUUGGACACGUAACCCGGCCACAUUUGUCCAUAAAAGUCGGUGUUUGCCCCUGCCACAUUCACAUUGUUGGACAUGAUGAGGGGGCUGCUUGUGUUCGUCGCGCUGUUUGUGGCCGUUUUCGGCAAGGAGACAUUUGAGGGACAUCAGGUCCUUCGUAUUCUUCCUAAGAAUGAUGUCCAGCUGUCUCUUAUCAAGGCCAUGGAGGAUAUGGUCGAGUUUGAGUUGGACUUCUGGAGGGACGUGAGUGAUGUGGCUACUCCUGUGGACAUCAGGGUUCCCCUCCACAGCCUGCAGUCUGUCAAAAUUCAUCUGGAGACCCAGGACCUCGAGUACUCCGUCAUGAUUAAUGACCUGCAGAUGAUGCUGGAUGAAGAGAAGCAGGAGAUGGAAUCCGCUGCUCGUGUUGCUAUGCCCAGAAACACAGACAGCUACGACUUCGCCAGUUACCACACCAUCAGCGAUAUCUACAGUUUCCAGGACAUGCUGGUGGCUGAGAAUCCCAAAAUGGUCAGCAAGAUUGUGAUUGGACAGAGCUACCAAGGCCGUCCCCUGAAUGUGCUCAAGUUCAGCACCGGUGGAACUAACCGUCCUGCCAUCUGGAUCGACACUGGAAUCCACUCCAGAGAGUGGGUCACUCAGGCCAGUGGUACCUGGUUCGCCAAGAAGAUUGUGACUGCUUACGGCAGUGACCCUGCUCUCACCGCCAUCCUCGACAACAUGGACAUCUACCUGGAGAUUGUGACCAACCCUGAUGGCUACUACUACACCCACACCAGCAACCGUAUGUGGCGUAAGACCAGGAAGCCCAACCCCGGAUCUAGCUGUGUCGGAGUUGAUCCCAACAGGAACUGGGAUUCUGGUUUUGGAGGACCCGGAGCCAGUGGCAGCCCCUGCUCUGAGACCUACCGUGGACCCAGGGCUCACUCUGAGUCUGAGGUCAAGUCUAUUGUGGACUUUGUGAAGUCCCAUGGCAACUUCAAGGCCUUUGUCUCCAUCCACUCCUACUCCCAGAUGCUCCUGUACCCCUUCGGCUACACCAGGACUCCAGCCAAGGACCAGGCUGAGCUGCACGCUCUGGCUAAGAAGGCUAUCACCGACCUUGCCUCCCUGUACGGUACUCGCUACAGAUACGGCAGCAUCAUCAACACCAUCUACCAAGCCAGCGGUGGCACCAUUGACUGGACUUACGAGCAGGGCAUCAAGUACUCCUACACCUUCGAGCUGAGGGACACCGGUCGCUACGGUUUCAUCCUGCCCGCUAGUCAGAUCAUCCCCACCGCCCAGGAGACUUGGCUGGCUCUGAUGGCCAUCAUGGAGCACACCCACAAGAACCCCUACUAA